UCAGACAGGGAAUAGGACACAUCGAGUAAAACGAAGCUGUCUUUCAUUUUUCAAAAGAGUCCUGAAGUCUGCUAGAAGAUUAUGGGAAGAAUAAGAAGAAGAGUGAAAGCCCUGCUGUUUUUUCUGGCUGCGUUAUUAGUUUACUACGCUUCCGGUGGCACCACUGGAAAUAACAAGACAGAGCAACAACAGAAACCUUCCUGUCAUGCUCACGUUUCUUUGAAAGAUUUUAAGGAGUCAGAGCCAGUAAACGCAACAGUUGGGACAAGCGCAACACUCCCUUGUCACACAACUCUGCAAAUCCAUGUAAACAAAGAUACCCUGACAUGGAGGAAAGGUUCUACAAACGUUUUAAAUUGGAAAGGAAAGCAGACUUUUGAGAAAGGGAACAAUGUCAUCCCCCCCUCCAUACAACAAGUGGAGCGAGGAGAUGGAUCCAUCGUUCUCUCUAGAGUGAAGGAGUCUGAUGAAGGAGAGUACUGUUGCUGCUUCCACAAGUUUGGAAACAUGAAAUGUAUUAUUGUGACUCUUGUUGUAGAGGAAAACAGGCGAGUCACUCCAGGUCUAAAUCGCCACCAGAUUGUUGCAUCAACUGUAAAGCCAACACGUAACACAACCAUCUCAGGUGCUACAGCUAAAAUAAUAGCUAUUGUUGCUGCUGUUCUUCUUGUCAUCAUCGUCAUAUUGAUUUGGAUAUGGUGUAAAGUCAAGAAAUGCUGUUUGAAAAACAAGUCACAACGCAAAAACUCUAAUUCAGAUCAGGCGAAAGGAACUGAGGAUACAGCAAUACAAAUGCGUCUUAUGGACAACAGAGAUCACACAUCGAGAGCCAUCCCAUGAGCCGUAGAUGCUCUGUGGUUUGAAACAGUGGAAGUAAGACUGCCUCAUCUUUCCAGCCAGCAUACACCAGGCUGCUGCCUUUCUCUAUCCACACACAACUGCAGAUCUAAUACGGGAUGACACUGAUUCCAACAUUUCCCUCCUUUUUGGUUACCCAAAAGUAGAACAUAUUCCUUUAUUUGUCACUGUGUUCAACGAUAUGAAAUCUGUGACUGAAGAGUAACUGCUGUGAUUGAAGUGCACAUUACAGAAUUUGGUAAGUCUUUCUUGCCUACUUGAGCAGAAAAAUUAAAUUGAAAUCACUGUACAACACUGGAGUAGGAUUCAGAUCUGAGCUUGUAACAGUUUAUUCCAUGAAUUUGUUGUCAGGUUCAGCUUCAGCUCUCAAACAGAUGGUCUCAAGUCUUCAAGCACUUGUUGAAAACGAUGUAGAAUUUAUAAGCCUUUGCAUUGUACUAGGUAUAGACCUGGUUGUCAUGUAGGGGCAAGGCUCAACAUCUAGCAUGGCCUCUGUUAACAGGUCAAUGGUGCUACUUUAAAUGAGUAGUUAGUCAGCUAAAAGACACUUUUUGGUAAAUGAGCUUUUGUGACAUUUUUAUAUAUUGAACUGGAUCUCAUCAAUAUUUAAUAUUCUCAAGUCAGGAGAGUCAGAGCUGUGAUACGGAAAAUUUUAGUUUUUCUUUUAAAAUGAGUAAAGCUUUGACAUCAAAAAGCGUUGGCAUCACCAACUCUUUGGGUCACACCUUUGUUUUUCUCCUCUUUCUUUUCUAUUCUUUUGCCUUCUUGGUGUCUUCAGUGCAUAAUGUAGAAAACAAAAACGUCUAUGCAACGCCUGAGUGACUCAUAUUAGCUUAACUAGCCUGCUAACAUUGUCUAACUGGUCAGCUAGUGGUGAAGCAACAAUGUAGUCAUUGUGAGUCAUUGUUAUUGGCUAUAAAAUGUUAAAGGUCUUGGACUCUCCAACCAUACCUCAUAAACCUAGUGUAUUUAAUUACUGCCAGGUUGAGGGGAAUUGGAAGGACGAGAGUCCACUGUUGGAGUCGGUGGUGGAUGCUCUGUGAGAUGGACGAGUGGGAGUGGUGGUUCUAGUUUUGACCCAUUUACUGCAGAUGCUUUGUGUCCAUGGUUGGUUGUGACAAAUGUGCCCCAAUUAACAAGUCAAGAGAGGAACGGGGGGUGUUGAUGGUAUGGAUCCAGGUGUGAUUGAAGUAUUGUGUCUCAAUACUGUGUCUUUGUUGUGUUUUCGGUAACAACUUGGGUGGUAGUGCUGUGUGGACCACUUUGUUGGUUGAGUUUGCCAAAUCGCUGCUUGAUGAGGUGAGCUUUGUUCUUUCAGUCUCACAGUAUGGACAGUUGUCACAUCAGAGGAUAUGCUAACAUCUGGGACUGUGUUGGGGCUCCAUGUUGAGAGGGGAGGAAGACCCAUGAAGUCCUCUUGCUGGGUGAUCUGGAGUGUGUUAAGGUUACAUAAAUCCUGUCUUCCUUGUUUCUCUCUGCUCCUUUUCCACUGACUUACACAUUUCCAACAUUGAUCUUUAAGCAGUUCAGUUUGGUGAAGAAUAAAAUUCUCUUCUUCCAGUACACCAGUGUCUCUGGUGGUGUGGCUCCUUGAACCAGGUCAUGACAAACUGGUCCAUUUUAGCUGACUCCACCCCACAUGUUUAAAACACUACUGUACUUAUUAUUGACUUCACUGUCUUAAAACUCACUGAUUCUUGAUUUUACUGUAUGUAUUCUGGGUGCUGUUAUUUUGCUUGGGUUUUAAAAAUGUGGUUAACAUGUAUUUAUUGGUUAUUUAAACCCUUUGUUAAUGAAUAUUUUUUGCUUUGUUCUUGAAAUUAUCCUUCAUAUUGUGACACUCAUGUUUCUCUGCACUUUUCUAGUGGUGGACUGAGCCAUUGUCACGUGAACAUUAAUGAAGCACAGUAACAGGAUUGUGGUGUGAGAAUCUCUUCUGUUUGAGUUUGUGAAAAUGUGAAAUGUCAGAACAAUAUUAAAGAUGUUUUAGACAAAGUUCUCCAUCUUAAAUUAAAAUUAAUCAGCAUAAACUUUUCUGACACAAUCUGCAUGAAUUUUUGAAAGAAAAACAGCACUUCAGGUGAGAAGACAAAAGGUUUUAAGGCCUAACUUCAAUUCAUGCAAAGAAAACAGGCUUUAUUUGUCUCACACUGGUGCAAGUGAUACAUGUUUUCUCCUGUCUGGCUUCCGUCACACAAUGCUAAAAAGUAGCUCUACUUCAUAUUGUAAAGUGGAAUGUUUUUCACUGCACUUCUGGUUUGUCAUGUUGCAGUUCACAAAUCGAAAGUCUCAGGUUACAAGGGAUUUAACGCUUAACUGGCUGAAUUUAUUUCCACUUACAGUAUUUGUCUAGGUGAUGAGUUCAGGGACAUCUUGAAACACCCUUAUCUGUGACUGGGAAAAAAUUAUCCAUAACAUUAUUUGCUUACCUUGGGUGUGUCUUCUCUCCGCCUUGUAUAACCUCUUUUAAUGUGAGCUGGGCUAAAUUUGUGCUUGUAUUUUACUCUUCUUUGUUUAACCUUUAUUUAAUGAGAUAAAUCCCAUUGAGAUCAUAAUCUCUUUCUGAAGGGUGACCUGGCCAAGAAGGCAGCAGCACACGUCAUCAACAGACAUUAAAGCUACAGAUAUGAUAAAACAAAAUGCAAGGGGCGUUGUGGUGGCAGAGUCAAUUAGAGGCAAAACGUGCUACGGAUGGCAGAUAACUCGGAACUAAAAAUAGACUCCAGAAACAUGAAACAGUACACAGCCAAGGCCAGGAGAUAGGGCCAGAAAAGUGACAUCAGUAAGUGACAUUAACAACACAACCGGAAACAAAGGGAAGGCAGGGCUAUAAAUACCCAAGAGGGCACAGGGAUGACAAGACACAGGUGCAAUGAAUGAGUGCAAUCAAACCAGGAAAAACCAAUCAGCAAUCAACACCAAGAAGGCACAAGAGACAGGAAACCCAGAAACUUAACAAAAUAAAACAGGAAACACAAAACCAUGAUUACAAAAAAAAAAAAAAGACAGAACCAGGACAAAAUGUAUAUAAAGUAAAAACUAAACUAGAAAGAGACCCAUCUGGUAGGUUUGGUUAAAGGGUGGGAGAAUUUGUUUGGUUUAAUAGUAUUAGUGAUCUCAGGGAUCAUAGGACGGUUAGGACAUUAUCACUAGAUCCUCCAUUUAGGGUCAUCCCCAAGCUAGGCCCAGGAAAAGAUGGCAGGGAAGAAUGAAUGCUGAAGAAAAGUGGUUGUGCUUCUGCCUUUUAAAGUUCACACUGAGCUGUGGUUUGGAGGGGAGGCCCUCAGAGAAAGUGAAGCAGAGAAAGGUAAUCUGGGUCAAGAUAUUUUGCACUCACGAAUCACUGUAACCCCUGUGGUAUUACUACUAGUCCUUUGAGUCAACAGCGUAAAUGUUUGACCAAGCUGAACAUGAGAUGUAGCUGAAGGUGGUUUUUGGCAUCACUUCAGGCUAAACUAGACAAUGACUUGAUGCUACAAAACCCAUUCUAAAGUCUAAAUAGCCUGACUCUAUUCUAAAGUCUUUGUUUAGUGACAGUGACCUCUAACCACUUUCAGUAACUGUAUGAGUGUGAUUGAACUGAAACAAAGCACUGUGAAAAUAGAUACGUAGUUUCUGUUGUGUGGUUGUAGCAGUCACAGCAGUCGUCCAUUCAGAAGAAGUGAAGAAGGCCUUUGAAUAUAAUCAGCAGGUCCUCAGACAUCCUGUAUUACACUGCCCUUAUGUUUGGCAGCCCUCCAGAGGAUGCUCAUCCCAUUGCCUUUAAAUGUAGGAACUUCUACCCCAGGGGGACGUGCUACACUACAGUGGAGAAGGAAUGCCUGGUGGUCAGAUGGGCUUUGGACUCCAUGAGAUAUUACCUUCUGGGAUGACUAUUUAACCCGGAAACUGGACCAUAAGGCCCUGAAAUGGUUGCACAGGAAGAAGAACACAAACAGUAGAAUAAACUGCUGGUACCUGGCUAUACAGCCCUACAAGUUUAAGGUGUGGCACAUUCCAGGCAGAGGAUCAAAUACAAUGUGAUAAAUGUAAUAAACAAGUCUUAUUUGUU